AUGGUUUUACCUCCUCCUGACAAGCAGCAUGUGUGACAAGCUACCAUCGUCAUUGUGACCAGCAUGGACACUUACCUGGUGGCACAGAACCAGGGUCCACGUAAGAUUGGCAUUUGCAUCAUUGUAUUAGUAGGGGACAUUUGCUUCCUCAUAGUUCUGUGCUAUGUUGCUGUUUGGGUAGGAACUGAGGUGAGGACUGCGAAGCAUGGCUAUGCCAUGAUCAUCUAGUUCCUUUAUAUCUUUGUUCUGGAGAUAAAACUCUACUUUGUUCAUGAAAACUACAAAGCCAAGCAGCAGGCUGUGGAGACCGUCACUGAGAAAGCUUUGACUCUGCUGCUUUCAGUUUGUGUUCCAGGGCUGUAUUUUGUCCUGGUGGCCCUGGACAGCAUGGAGUAUGCAAGAACUUUUCAGAAGAAAGAAGAUAUGUAAGGUCAGUUGUUUUGGGUGGCACUCAACUUGCUGGACGUACUGGACAUCCAGGCCAACUUGUGGGAACUGCAGCUAACAGGACUACCCAUCUGGGCCAAGGGCUACUGUUACAUUCUUCCGCUGAUUCUGCCUUGUGUAUCUCUCAGCGAGAUCAGUAUGCAAGUUGAACACAUAUCCCGAAAGAUGGUGAUGCUUUACCCGGUCCUCAGCCUUGUCACCAUUAACAUUGUUACCAUUCUCAUCCGUGCGGUCAACAUGGUGCUUUUCCAAGAUAGCCAAGUCUCUACAACUUUUAUUAGCAAGAAUCUAGUGGCCUUAGCCACCAAAGCCUGCACAUUCUUGGAGUAUCAUUGACAGGUUAAGGAAUUCCUGCUACAAGACCCCGUAACCAUCACUAUGGAGAUCCAGCAGAACUCAGGGACACACAUUCAAAAGCUGCUAAAUCCUAACAUGAGCUUUCCAGAAGAGCCAUCAUCCCCCAUGAGUUCAGUGAUGUGA